AACUACAAGGCCCAUGCUGCCCAUGCUGCCCAUUUGCCAUGAAACACAUUUCUCAUACUCAUCAUAUCAGCAUCUCAAAUCACCAUUUGAAUCAAAAUGAUACCAGUCUCCGGGACGCAGCUAUCUCGGGACUUUAACCACCUCAUCCAGCAAGCGUACGCUCUUGUCCGCGAGGCCGAGCGGGUUGGGCAGCAAAUCGUCGCCGAAAAUGAAAGAUUGAGGCUCGAGAACAGGAAACUGAAAGCGGAAAUUCAGUUGAAUAGGGCUGGCAAGAGGAAGAGGGAGGAUGAAGAAGAGUUGGAGCAUUCUGUCAAGAAGAUCAAGCAACAGGGACCAUCGCAGGCAGAUGAUCGCUCACCCCAAACGACUCGUCCAAGGCCGAACGAGAAGACCAAGAAACCCAAGAAACCGUCUCCAUCAAAGCCAAUAGUGUCCAGGGUACCGGAUACACCAAAGAAGCCCCUUCAGGCAAAGCCAAAGCCCAAUGUUAGGAUCUCGAAGACGAUCCAUCACCCGGUGAUACCUAGGGUAGAAAAGUGCGGCAACUUCAAACCGCCAUCAGCGGCUGCCCGGGGCACUAGUCAAGCGGUACAAAGCUCUCAUCCGCCGGUGAGACCAGCACGAGAACAACCAGAGCCUGCACAGGUCUGCACACUUUCUGAAGCCAACAUCGAGCUGCUCGGCAACAAAAACGAAAAAACCGGUAAAGAAGCUCACGCGGAAGCUGUUCGCACCGCCCUGAAAACGCUGGACGCUGACCCGCCACCACUUCAACCACGGGGACUCCGCAAUCGGGGAACCGAGUGCUUUGCAAAUUCCGUUUUGCAAUGCUUGGCCACUGUCCUCCCGCCGGACUGGCUGGAAGAGCACCUAAAUGCGCAUAUCUUAACGAAAGACGACAGCGCUGAGCCCAGUGUCUACAAACCAAUCGAUCUUUUCCUCACCCUUAUCGGUGAUCUGAGGAGUAAAGAUAAGACGGUAUUGACCUCAACGGAAUUCCUGCACGCUCUCUGUGCUGAUGCAGGCGUGCGAGAUCGGGAACUGGACGGCAGCGAGCAAGUAGAUGCUUUCGACUUCCUCUCCGCGAUGCUGGACUGUCUCUCCGAAGGCGCGAAUUGGCCCAAGCAUCUUAUGGGAGCAGAGCAACUGGCGCUGAUGCAUCCUCUCAUCGACGCUCUCUUCCGCGUCAAAGGGGCGAAGCGGUUUACCUGCCACCACUGCGGGUAUGCCAGGCUGGCGCCGAGCGACAAGCACUGGGUAUUGCAGUAUAUCGGGUACCAUCAGGAAAGCCUUACUGUUCCAGCUUUGCUGGACCAUCAUGCGACGCCGAUCCAGUUCGACGACUAUUUCUGCGAAAACUGUCUGCACAAAGGCGAAGCCAUAGAACAGUGGGCUGGUCUGCAACACUUACCGGAGAUCCUCAUCAUCCGCGCAAGCCGUGCACUGGCUGACCCGUACCAACCUCUUGAUAUUGAUGAACGUGUCAAUCCCAGGUACUCCACCUAUGGCAUCACACUGGAAGAAACUCUCGACAUGCAGGCGUAUACCCUCCAGGAUUCCGAGCGUACAAAGUAUAGCCUUCAGGGUGUUGUGUAGCAUUCCGGUCGCAGUAUGGAGGGCGGGCAUUACUAUGCGCUCACCAAGGAUCGGAAUGGUAACUGGUUCGAUUGCAACGACGCGUGCAUCACGCCUCUAGGUGGAUUUGAGAAUAUGGCGAAGAAGUCUCGGACUCA